UUCUAAUAAUAAUAAUUUUGCUUUCUUCUUAAGCUUGUCUCUUCACUCUUCACGCAGCUCGAGAUUCUUUUCCAUUUGUUUAACAAUGAAAGAUGCUUUCUCUAUCUCCUUCUUCCUCUUCUUCUUCCAUUGGUUCACUUUCAACCGUAAAGUAAUUGAGUUUGAAUAAACUAAGAGUAAGAGCAACACAGACCUUGUUGGCUGGCUGCCGGAGGUGGAGGAACUUGAAAGCCAUUUGUUUCUGCGGUGGUGGUUUUUCCUUUUUUAUUAAUUAAAUCAUUUUUUCGGGGUUCUAUAAAUUUCCCGCUCUUUGUAAAUACCGAGGUUACUUACUACCGCCAAUCUCUUUUCCCUUUUCUCUCCUGCUGCUGCUCUGCUGCCUUCCUUUGUCCUUCUCUUCACUUCCCUCGCCAUUUUUGUUUUCUUCUAAUAAUUAGAAACCACUCUCAUUUCUUACUCUUGAUCCCGUUUCCCGAUUCCAGGGUUUCUGAAAUAAGUAAUUCAUUCAAAAAUUUGGAUUGAUCAGUUGGGGAAGGAAGGAAGGAAGGAAGGAAGAUGAACACUAGAGUACGCUCUGCUCUGCAGGGCUUUAAAGCUCCAUUGCACCCCGACAAUACCAACAAUAAUAACAAUACCAACCACAAAAAGGAGAAAAUGCAGAGCCACGGAGGAGGAAUAACAUCAAUUGCUGCCCUAAAAUCUGCAGCCAUUACCAACAGGCGUAAAUUGAACAGAGAAAGGAAAUUGGCAUUGCUACAAGAUGUUGAUAAGUUGAAGAAGAAGCUUAGACACGAGGAGAAUGUACAUAAAGCAUUAGAGAGAGCUUUCACUAGACCUCUUGGAGCUCUCCCUCGCCUGCCUCCUUAUCUCCCUCCUUAUACAUUAGAGUUGCUUGCGGAAGUGGCUGUACUAGAAGAAGAAGUAAUUAGGCUUGAAGAGCAAGUCGUGAACUUUAGACAAGGCCUCUACCCAGAAGCUGUCUACAACAACAACUGCUCUAAAAACUCUACUAAUGAUGGAGCUUCUGAACAACAACAACAACAACAACAACAACAACAACCUUGCUGUUCUUCGUCUAGUACGAGAACACCAGGCAGCUAGGCAUUCGAGAUCAAAGUCAGUCUCGUCGACCAACGGGCUCAUCAAUUCAUCGCCAUUUGGAUCAGCAGCCAGACAGCAGCAGCAGCAGCCUUCUCUUGCAAGAGGUACAUCAAGCAGAAAGCUCUUGCCAAGUGAGAGUCCAAUAAUAAGUGGUCAAUCAAGACAUAAAGGUCAAGGCUCAAACAAGGUGAUUUCUUCCUCUCCAUAUGAUGAGAUAGGGAAGGAGAAUCGUUCGUGGAGUAAUUCGUUGAAAGAGAAGCAAUCUCCUCGGAAGAGAAAUGGCAAGGUUGCAACCCCGCGUAAGAGACUGUUUGAUAACAGACGGCUAUCAGAAGAUAAAUGCUCAGUUGUUCCUUCAAAGCCAAGGGUGGAAUGCAGGUUAGCAGAAGAAGAAGCAACUUCGUCCUCAGGUUGCUCGAAUGAGGUUCUUGAAGCUAAGAAGAUAUCCGAGGAUAUGGUGAAGUGCCUAUCCACCAUUUUCAUGAGGAUGAGAACAUCGAAAGACAAGGCAGCGGCAGAUAUGGUCACCACCCUAGAAAGUGAGUGUGGUUGGGACGCUUAUUACCAUGGUGAAAGUAGUAGAGAUAACAACACUGUUGGUCCAUACAGUGAUAUGUGUGCAAUUGAAGCCAGCUCGAUCGACCUCAACCGGGCAACAACUGUUUUGUUUUUGUUACAUGGGCUAAAGUAUGUCUCUCGUCGUAAAUCCAUCUUUUGUUUAUGUUAAAAUCCAGUCAAAUUUUGCUGCCAUGCUGAAUGCAGGCAGUUGGAUGUCACAUUUGCAAUAUUUACAAAAAUGUCACCUCAUAACAUUCAAUAGCUGGGAUCCCCUUGCCAGUGACAUAGACACCAUUCAGCAUGUUAACCAGAUUGGGAAAGAAUUCAAUAACUUGAAUGAUUGUUCAGAGACAUGAUCAAUGCUUGCUUGCUUGCUUUUCAGGUUUCUGAUGGAGAAACUUGGCAGUGUGAAUUUGGAAGGGCUUACUCACCAGCAAAAGCUUUCUUUCUUGAUAAACAUAUGCAACUCUUGUAUGAUGAAUGCCGUUUUGGAGCAUGGGGUGCCCGAGACCGCCUGAAAUGUUAGUAGCACUAAUGCAAAAGAUAACAUGCGAAAAGGCGUCGAAGAACAACAGCGACGAGAUGAAGGCGCGCAACAGCUUCGGGUUAGAGUGGUCAGAACCUUUGGUCACCUUUGCACUCUCCUGUGGAAGCUGGUCCUCACCUGCUGUGCAGGUAUACACGGCAACAGGAGUGGAAGAAGAGCUAGAGGCAGCAAAGAGAGACUACCUGGUUGCAGCAGCUGGGAUGUCGAAGACGAGCAGGAAGCUGAUGAUACCAAAGCUACUGGGCUGGUAUCUGCUGGACUAUGCCAAGGACAUGGGCUCGUUGCUGGACUGGGUCUGCCUGCAGUUGCACGAUGGGCUCAGGGAUGAAGCUGUGAGGUGCGUGGGGAGAAAGGGGAGAGAGCCAUUGUCACAUUUGGUUCAGUCAGGUCAUGCCUUACGAUUUCAGCUUCAGGUUUCUUGUCUUCUGCAGAGGUGAGAAUUGGAAGAGGAAUGAAUAUGGAGAUCGAUCGGGCUUUCGGAAAAUGGAUCCUACACAUAAAAUAGAUGGGCUUGUUUUUGGGUUCUUUUUCUUUGGGUUGGGCUUAUUGGUGGUGGGUUGUGAUUAUUCUACACAUAAAACGCUCUUUCAACUUCUUUCUGUAAUACAAUUUGGUCACUCCGAUUGAUUCCUAUGACUUCUAUUAUUUUG